UUUUAUUACAAUGAUUAAAACAUUUGUAUUUUUUGAUAUUGAAACAACAGGUCUUAUUAAGGGCAAUAAAAUGCCUAGAAUUACAGAAUUUUCAUUUGUAGCUGUAACUCGAGACAAUAUAUGUCUCAAUAAAAAAAAAAUUCCAAGAGUUUUACAAACUCUUACUGUACCAGUUAAUCCUAAUACAUCUAUUCCUCAGCAUGUAGAGAUUUUAACAGAAUUAAAUAAUGAAUGUUUACAAAAUGUAUCUUCAUUUAAUCAUAAAAUUUAUAAUAUGAUUAAUAUUUUCCUUGAUACAUUAACGAAACCAAUAUGUUUCGUGGCUCAUAAUGGAAAUAGAUUUGAUUAUCCCAUUUUUUUGUGGGAAUUAAAAUGCCUUAAUAAGGAUUUAGCAGAAGAUAUUCUAUGUGUAGAUACAUUACUCUUAUUCAAAGAUUACUUUACGAAUGCUAAUUAUAUAAAAGAUACUGAAAUCUUAAAUAUGGAAAACCAACUGGAAAAAGUUAAUAUACUCCAAAAACCAAACAAUUUUAAAUUAAUAACAAUAUAUGAACAUUUAUUAAAAGUCCCAGCAAAAAACAAUCAUAUAGCACAAGGUGAUUGUAUUAAUAUGCUACAUUGUGCUAAUUAUAUUGCAGAAUACUUCGUGGAAUGGUGCGAUAAAAAUGCAUUACCAUUAUAUACAAUGAAAUGAAAAUAAUGAAAAGUAUUCUAAAGAAUUUUAAUUUUAUAAUAUCUAUAUUAUAUUAUUAUUAUUAUACAAAUCAAUAUUAUUAUGUAAAUAUAAAUUUUAUUAUUAUUUUAAAA